AUGGAGGACGACGAGGAGGAGAUCACCGCCGCCACGCUGCGGGGCAAGGCCCAGUCAACGCCGAUCUCGGCGCUGUCGGGCUUCAGCUACAUCCCGCCGCGGCGCGUGGAGCCCCAGGAGCACAGCUACUUCUACCGCCAGGGCCAGGCAGGAGUUAUUUCCUUCUAUGACUGUGUUUUCAAGAGGAAGUUAGAUUAUAAUCAGAGGCUGCACCGAGAUGACAGAGAACACGCAAGAAGCCUGGGACUUCAUGUGAACGAAGAGGAACAGGAGAGGCCCGUGGGCGUGCUCUCGUCCUCCGUCUACGGAAGGCGCAUCAAUCAGCCCCUGGAGCCGCAGAACCGGGACCACCGCCGCGCCAACCACGUGCGGGCCGACUUCUACAGGAAGAACGACAUCCCCAGCCUCAAGGGGCCUGGCUUUGGGCACAUUCAGCCCACCUAAAGCCAUCCCUGUGGCCCAUAGGGCAUGUCAGGUGCCCCCUGCAAGCAGGAGGGCUCCUGCAGCCUCAUUUCCCCUUUUGUUGCCUCCCUUGCAUGCUGACAGCGGGAGGGACAAAGCAGCAGUUUCCCUGAGGCCCCUGGUCAAAUGCCUUUCAUCCAUAUUAAGAAUAGCUAAGGUGAUGAUUUUCAUCUGAAAUUAUUUCAGAUUAAAUGAUACCGGAAACUGAUUCAUUGUGAGCACCUGAAUAAAAUGCAUGCUUUGUUCCCACU